AUGGUUAGAAUAAAUUAUGAAAAUAUAGUAAAUUGUCCUGUGUGUAAUGCAUUUAUGGAAGAAUAUAUUAAAAAUCCCGUGCCUCAAAAUGAAAAAUGUUCUAAUGGCAUUUUUUCUGAAGAUCGGCAAAUAAUGAAUAUAUUUCAAACACAUAAGUGUAACGCAGCCAUGUCAUUUGUAUCAUUUAUUGCAAGUGAUUUUUAUAAUUUUCCUAGAGAAGCACGUUGUUUUUACUUAUAUUAUUGGUUAUAUAAAGAAAUAAAUGCCCAUAAUAAAAGUACUAUUAUAGAGAAAAAUUUUUAUAAUUUGUUAUUUUAUAGUAUUUCUAAUACCGAUUUGUGUGAUUACAAUAAAUAUAAUGAUAUUACAGAUGAUCAAAUUAGUAGACUCAGUGAUUUAUAUGACAUGAUUACGAACAUUUAUUAUAUAAAAACAUCUAAUUAUCCUUCUAAAAAAAAUAAAUGCGAUUGUGCUGAUGAAUGCUCACAGAUAUAUGAACUCUACCAUAAUGAAUGUGAACACAGCAUAGACAAUAAUUUUUGUCAAGCAUUAAAAAAUAUUAAAAGACAAUAUAAUUCUUUAAUCAGCUUAUCUUAUGGAUGUGAUACUAUUAGAUGCAAAAUUUUACCCUGUAUACAAAAUAAUGAGACUAUAAUGCCUUCUCCCAGAACGAAUAUUAAAAAUACUAUUAUAACUACAACACUUUUAAUAUUAGCAAUACCCGUUUUUGUUUUUUAUACUUAUAAGUUCAAUUUAUACAAUUAUUUCAUUCCCCAUGGGGGAAUAAGAAAAAAUGAAUUAAGGAAUUAUAUAGAUAAUGAAUUAGAUGUGAUGGAGAUAUCUGCAAUAUCGAACAGUAUGCUAAAGAAUUCUCAACGAAAUAUAUUUUAUCAUACUUCAUAA